AUGACGAAACUUAAUAUUUUUAUUUUCAUUUUAUUAUGUUUAGGUAAGACAUAAGUACAGUGGGAAACUAUUUACCAAAGCUUUCAAGACAUUAACUCAAUGGAUUCAUAAGGUUAUUUUCAUAUUAAAUUAUUUAGGGUGGAUUGUAAGUAAUAAUUAAAAUGGAAAUCUAACUUCAAUUUGCAAUGGUUUUAGUUUGUUUGGAGGAUUUAACUUAUUUGGAAACACUACAAUAGUAUCUAAGCACUUUUCCUUACCUACUCAUUAUUAACUCAAAAUUACUUUUGAAUUUUGGAAGUAUAUCUCAUAUAAAGUGUAGAAUUGAUAGUUGGGAUAAUGAAUUUGUCUAUAUUUUUGUAGAUGAUGCAUUAUGGAAAAAACAUUAUUACUGGAAUGAGGGGAUCUAAUUAUGUGGAGAUUAAAGGACGAUUGCUUCAUGGUAUGAGGUAAAAGAACCUAUUACGAUUACAAUGAAUCAUACUUCAGAAUCAUUAAUUUUCAUAAUGACUACAAAUCUUGACGAAUAUGCUGAUGGUGUAAAAUAUAAUUAAUAUUAAAGGAAAGUUUUGGAUUCAGAGAUUUUUAAUUAUCAAUUGUAAGAUGUCCUUAGGGUUGUUUAUAUUGUUCAGAUAGCGAUUAAUCUACUUGUAAUUAUUGGGUUGGUGUUUUAUCAUUAUGGCAUGAAUCAAUAUUACUUGAUGGAUGGAUGAAAAAUGAUAUCAUUUAACCUGCAACCUAUAGAUGUGAGAGUUUUGAUCUUGUUGGAGGGUAACUUAAUUUAGCUCCAGGUGAUUAUGUGAAAAAAAAUAUAGAAAAUCUAAGUCCUCACUAUAAAAUUUAAGUAAAUUUAUAACUUUGGAAAAUUGAUUCAUGGAUUAAUGAAAACUUUUAUUUAUUUGUAGAUAAUUCAGUUGUAGCUUAAGCUGUUUUAGGAUCUGGAGGUGCUUAUUCUAUUUGUGGAUCCAAUGGAUUAGAAUAAAUUUAUAAUAUUGGAGUUACUUUAUCCCAUUCGUCAUCAAAAUUUCAAUUAACUAUGACAACCUCUAAAGUUUCGGGAACUACUAAUUCAUAUUGGGGAAUAAGGGCACUUAAUAUAUAUCUUUCAAAAUGUUAUAAUAGUUGCAACUUGUGCGUUGGCCCUUAUAGAACAGAUUGCACUGUUUGUUCUGGUGGAUUAGUCCUUUACAAAAGUUUAUGCACUAAUUGUAUUCAUAAAUCUUAUUAUAAGCCCCUUUUUUUCUUUUAUCAAAAAUUUUAAUUAAUCAAAUAUAAGAUCCAAAGUCAGAUGAAAGGAUUCCUAUGGAGAUUAAUCUAUUAGAAGUUAACUAAAAAAUAGCGACCUAAGGAACAUUCACGUAUUCAAUUAAUAAUAGUUUAUAAAUACUGACUAUCCAAGUCUAUGCGAAAUGCUUUACAAAUAUAAAAAUGUAAAGUUAUUUGAUAAAGUGCCUCCAAUGCUAGUCUUAAAACGAGUAAGAAUUUUUCCAUUAUUGUUAUCCGACUAUCAAUACUAUAGUUUAUACUGCCAGAUUUCAAGUGUCAGAAUAAGAAUGGAUAAUCAAUACAUCUAAUACUGAAUGUUCAAUCUAUUAAGUAGCCUAAAUUGACAAUCAGGCAGUUCAAAUUAAAUUAUUAGAAAUUAUAUAGAGAAAUGCUUGA